UUUUUUGAGCACAGUGAGUGUGGGCUGGUCUACAAUAAGUUUCGUUUUUCUGGAACAUUUCACUUUCGAUAGGCUGUUAAUUAGGCAUAUGUGGAUAUGGCCAUUCCACAGUCAGACCAUUAUUGAUUCCGGUGCGGACAUUAGGCUACUUUUGGAAAUAGGCGCACAUAUUGGGUUUGCAUUUCGUAGCAGGGUAGUGAUCUCCGCUUGAUUUCUUCAUGGCCCAUGCAGCUGUAUCUGCACUGGAUUUGGGGAGAGAGAAACAGUUGUUAAAGUUUUUUCCCGAACCUGUCCGACUUCACCUGAUCUACAGGGCGCGCCACCAUGGAUUUAAGAUGUCUGAUUUGAUUUCUAAAUUCGAUCAAGUGGGAAGAUUCGUUGUAAUUGUUUAUUUGGAAUCAGGCACAAUGAAGGGGGGCUAUCUGAGUAAACAAUCUGAUUUCUAUCUCCAAGAGUACAGAGGGGCAUUUGUCUUCGAAAUAGACCAUCAAAAAGCAAACGUCUUUCCUGUCGUGAAGCACCGCGAUUCGAUCAUUUUUAAUAAUAAGUAUAAUAAUGAAAUCUUGGGCUUUGGGGAUUGCCUAAAAAUUUACAACAAUAAGGACAAAACACUUUGUGUUGAUGUGAAGGAAGAUGAUACCUACACACCCACUGGUUGGAGUGAAGAGUUGGAGGUGCCCUUCAUGGAUGUGGAGUUGCAUCGCAUUCAAAGUAAUUCUGCCCCAAAACAAUGUGAUGAAUUAAAUGUACUCUCUGAAAAUGUAGUCUAGGCCUAGUGUAAUUUUUUGUUCUUAUUAUGUUCAAGGUGUUGGAGAUGUGCUGCUGAACCCUUGGAGGGAGCUGUCAUGGACUGAGAAGUAGGUCACAUUGGAAAUGAAUUUCCUGAAUCUAUCAAUAACAAAGUAAUCUGUUCUACAGCAGUAGAGGCUAGUCUGUGGCUUAAUAUUGGUGGCCUAAAAGCAGUCUGCGGGCUGCCUGAUGUAAUAUUAUGGCUCUUUCUGUGCUAUCUCAUUUUACCAGAGAGAGGGGGUCACUGAGGAAGAAUCUGGUCUCCUUCAAACCGGCCUGCCAGUCUCUGAACCGAGUCAGGGUUCUGCUGAUGGGUCCUCCUGGGUCAGGAAAAUCCAGCUUCAUCAACUCUGUCAGAUCUGUGAUGUUCGGAAGAGUCCUUCUCCUGCCUUUUAUUGGAACUGCAACAAAGGGCUUCAUCAAGAAGGUAUAGUGUCUGUAACAAAGAGUUUUUAGCAUAUACGAUUGAUAAUGCCUUGACUGAGAUAGAAAGCUAAGGAGUAACAUCUGGACCGCCAUAUCAAUGUGUCCCUGAAUGUGAGGACCUGCCCUGUGGGUGGGUGCGAGGGAAGGGAUAUAUACCAAAGAUACUCCCCUUUCAUCUAUGGAUAUACUGUAUGUCUGUCUUUUUGGUGGUCGUUGUCUGAGUUUGUCUCUAACAAAACUUGCUUACAAAACACUGUCUCCUCUCUUUAUCUACCCAGCUGAAGUCGUAUGACAUCCGGUCAGAGAGAGGGGGGAAGUCCACAGCUCUAACCCUGUGUGAUGUGUUGGCUCUGGGGGAAGAUGAGACGACUGGCCUGACCCUCACAGACGCACUGACUGUCAUCAAGGGACACGCCCCAGAGGGACACAAGGUAGGCGGCAUUUGUUUUCUUUCUGUGAGUAGCAAUGUCUUCAUGAUAAUUCCUAGCCUUGCUUGGGAUAAAGAUCAAAGGAACCUCCAUGUAAAAUUUUACUGAACAUGUUAUAUUAUUAACAUGUUAUGCAUAUGAUUCACUUUGUAACCAACAUACACACAUUGUAGCUAACAGAGGGACAGGGCCGAGAACCCAGGUCGCUGGUGUGAAAGGCAAACAUCCUAUGCAUUGCGUCAAUAGGGUUAACCCACUUGGAGUUAAUUAUAAUGUGGCUCAUUAAUGGAUCGCAACAAUAUUAAUUAAUUUGUUCUGUUUGCUUUUUAUGGCAACACAAUGACAUUGUCCAACACCAUAGUUUCAAAGUGAUGCGCCCAUCAAAGCUGAGACUUCAGGUUACAGACCGAAUCCAUCGGUAAAUGACCAAAUUCAUUGUGCGGUGUUCGUUCUGAAUGCCUGCCAAGUCAUGACCACCAGUGAGGACCUUACAAUGAUAUUGAGGACACUUCAAGCUGAAAUCUCAGAUCUAGGUGAGUUUUCAGACACAAACACACACACACACACACACAAUGACUACUGUAUACAGAUGUAGGAUCUUAAUUUGAGCAAGUUUGCUACAGCAGGAAAUGUAAAUUAUUAUGUGGAUUAUAAUUAAUGCACAUUUUUGUAGGGGUUGAUACAUUUCGUUUGGGCAAAUCAAGUCUGAAAUUUCAAAGUGGAAAUUACAAACUUUAGAAUCCUUUUUAAAACUAAAAUACACUACAAGUUUGCAUUUCCUGCUGUGCAGGAACAUUCUCAGCAGCAAGUGAUCAAAUUAAGAUCCUACAUCUGUAUGACCCUGUCCUCUCCAGACAUCCCCCAGGUGGUUCUGUUGACCCAUGUGGACCAGGUGUGUCAUGCCGUCCAAGAGGAUGUGAAGUUUGUCUACUCCAGCCGCAUGCUACAGGAGAAGGUAGGCCUACUUCAAAAGUUGAAGAUUAGGUGUAGUUUAAUGUGUUGUAAAACCAUUAUAUCUGCAAUCUAUCUUCUAUCUUAUGUUCUGCUGUGCCACAGAUGCAGAAGGCAGCAGAGGUGGUGGGUUUGCCAGUGUCCUAUGUGCUUCCAGUGAAGAACUACUCCAGUGAGCUGUCUGUGAGCUGCAACACUGACAUCCUGCUGCUGAGUGCAGUUCAUCACAUUCUCCAAGCUGUUGACGACACUUAUGAGGAUUACUGCCCUCCAACCCCUGCAGAUGCCAGUCCAGUGACUGUUUAGUGUUUGAUAAGUAACUGUGUGGAAAGGUAUCCUGCUGUAAUGCAUGUGUCAUUAACAGUGUUGGGAUUAGGUACUUAAAAAAGUAAUAUUACAUAUUACUUGUUACAUUCAACAAAAUAACAUGUUACUUUACAAUAUUACUUUGCAUGACCGUAACACGUUAUAUUACUCGUAUAUUACUUUGCAAUACUUUCAUGAAAAAAAAUCUCUAAACCUCACAGUUUGUUUAACUUUCUGAGCCUCUGAGGGAGCGAGGUGAGCCACGCAUGCUCUACCAAAGAUCGGCUCAUCUAAUUCAUAAAAAUAAUUACCUUCAACCCGAUCAGGAACAUCUUGGACACAACUAUUUCCUAAAUGGUGUAGGCUGAUGUAUUUAUGUCUGAAUUUUGCAGUACAUUUG